ACCCGCUCGAUAAAUAAAAGUACGGCGCGUAUUUUUAAAUAUUUUUUUAAGCCGCUAUUUCGCACUAUAGUAUUAAUAAACCUGUUAUUCUAUUUUAAUAAAAUCGAUAUUUUAAUAAAUCGAAAUAGUCUUAGGAAGCUUCUUGACUUUUACUAA